UUUAUUAUAUAUAAAUAGAUGGAGGUACUCCCAGGGCCAGCAAUAGCAAGCUACACAUUGGGCAUUUGCUAUCAUAUACAAUACAAGUUGUAGUGAAAUACCAACUAAAUAUGGAGGUUUGGAAGCUUUUGGCUUCAGUGGCAGGCUCACUUGCUCUGAUCAUCAUUUCCCACUUUGCUCUGAAAUUGUAUCAAAGGCUAUGGGCGAGACCCAAAAAGAUAGAGAAACAACUGAAAGAGUUGGGGUUCAAAGGAAAUCCUUACAGAUUUUUGCAUGGAGACAUGAAGGAGUUCUUCGCCGUGGCAGGAGAAGCCACUUCCAAGCCCAUGGACUUCUCUCACGACAUCGGAGCACGAGUCCUACCUUACGAGCAUCACAUUGUCAAGAAGCAUGGCAAAAGCUCAUUUGUAUGGUUCGGAGCAAAACCGAGGCUAAACAUUAUGGAUCCGAUGCUAGUUAAGGAGAUUUUGUCCAAGCCUGAUGACUUCCAUAAAGUGUACCCAGAUCCGGUUGCUGACCUUGUCGUAGGAGGGCUUUCGACGGCUCAUGGUGAAAAAUGGCCGAGGCACAGAAAGAUAAUCAACCUCGCUUUCAAUUUAGAGAAGCUAAAGGGCACAUUACCAGAAGUUUACUUGAGUUGCAAAGAUACGAUCAGUAAGUGGAAGUCAUUGGUCUCGGCAACUUCAGGAUUUACUGAAAUUGAUGCCUGGCCUUAUAUCGAAAAUCUGGCUCGUGAUAUGAUUUCUCGAGCAGCUUUUGGCAGUAAUUUUGAAGAAGGAAGAAGAAUAUUCCAACUCCAUGAGAUGCAAGCUGAUCUUGCAUUUCAGUUUAUGGGUACGAGUUACAUCCCAUGGGCCAGUCACUUUAAAAUAAAAGAAAAAAAGAAAAUGAGGGUAUUGAACCAGGAAAUGAUAGAUCAACUGAGUAGGAUCGUGAAGAAAAGAGAGGAGACGGUGAAAAGAGGAGAGGAAGUGAACAAAGAUGACUUGUUAAGUGUAUUACUGGAAGCCACCAGGAAAGAGAACCAAGAAGAAGGAUCAGGAAUGAGUAUGGAAGAAGUGAUAGACGAGUGCAAGGUUUUCUAUUCGGCUGGAGCUGAUUCGACUGCCCGAUUGCUCAUCUGGACUAUUGUAUGUUUGAGCAAACACACCGACUGGCAAUCUCGCGCCAGAGAUGAGGUUUUCCAGGUCAUGGGAAAAAAAGACAUCGAUUUUGAAAAGCUUAGCCACCUCAAAAUUAUAACCAUGAUACUGUACGAGGUGCUUAGGCUAUAUCCGCCAGCAGGUAUGCUUCUACGCGCAACUUCUAAGAAGAUGAAGCUAGGAAACCUGACUAUACCACCGUGGGUGCACUUGACAAUGCCAGUCAUUUUUCACAACCACGACACUGAAAUUUGGGGCGAAGACGCGAAAGAGUUCAAUCCCGAGAGGUUUUCUCAGGGAAUUUCUAAUGCAACGAAAGGAUUACCUGUGUUUAUUCCAUUCAGUUGGGGUCCCAGAACAUGCAUCGGGCAACACUUUGCCAUGAUAGAAGUGAAGAUGGCUGUAGCAAUGAUACUACAGAACUUCUCACUUGAGCUUUCACCAUCUUAUCUGCAUGCUCCUGAAUUGUAUUUUCUUAUGCGACCACAAUAUGGUGCUCAAAUUAUUCUGCAAGACCUUAGUGCUACGCAGUAAAAUUGGUCGUCUUUUUUACAUGUAGUUUCAGAACUGCACUUUUUUUUUUUUUUUUUUUUGACAGAAGUUUCAGAACUGCACUUGAUUAUAAUAAUGUUCAAUGUAUUCUAAUGUCUGUAAGUUCUGUAUUUGUUCAGUUAAAUAAAAAAUAAAUUUUAUUUGAAA